AUGGAGGCUUUUGUGCGCGCGCCGAAGCACGUGCUGCGGUUCCUGCAGCCCGGCCGGCUGUGCCUCCUCGAGGACGCGUCGCGGGGCGUGAGCCUCGGCUGGGGCGUCCUGCUCGGCUGGCGCGGCACCGCCACCUCCGCGUACGUCGGCGGCGCCUCUGUGCCGCCCGAGCGGAUGAGGGCGUCGGAGCUGGUGCUGGACGUGCUGCUCCCGUGCGCCGCAGGUGCGCAGGCGCUCGCGCUCGCCGGCGACGCGCCGCAGCCCGCACCGCUGCACGACCCGUCCGCCGAGGCGUGGGUGCUGCCGGUGCGCCUCUCGUGCUUGCAGCAGCUCUCGUCCGUGCGUCUCUGGCUGCCGGACGAGGUGUCCAGCCCGGAAAGCCGCCGCGGCGUGCUGCACGCCUUGCGGCAGGUCUUCGCGGAGCGGCGGCUCGCGGACGCCUCCGCGGCGCGCCAGCUCAAUCUGCGCCCGCUCGAGCACCUUGGCGACAGCUCGCCGGCGUGCAAGCGGGCGAUGGGCUUGCUCGACGCGGCGGUGGCGCGCGAGGCGCAACUCGACGCCGAGCUGCGCCGCCUCCCUGCUGUGGCGGCUGGCUUGGCGACCGAGGCGGCGGGGGUGGCGUGCGACGAGUUCGGCGAGACGGUACGCCGGAUGCAGCGCGUGCUGCUGCGGCUCGGGCUCGUCGAUUCGGAGCGGGUGGUGUUGCUCAAGGGGCGUGCCGCCGCCGAGGUGGACGCUUCGGACGAGGUGCUCGUGGCUGAGCUGCUCUACCGCGGUUUCUUCAACGAGCUCUCCCCCGCGGCAGCGGCGGCGGUCUGCUCGUGCCUGGUCGCGGCCGACAUGGAGAAGAUCAAGCGGCCACAAACGCCCCUCCCCGCGCUGCAGCCGCCCCUCGCGACCUUGCGCGAGGUGGCCACCGAGGUGGCGCGCGUCUACACGGACGCCGGCAUCGCGACGGACGAGGCCGAAUACGUGCAGCGGUUCGACAGCGGGAUGGUCAACAUGGUGCACGCGUGGUGCGAGGGCGCCACCUUUGCCGAGCUUUGCAACUCGUGCGAGCUCUUUGAGGGCUCCAUCAUCCGCGCUAUCCGCCGGCUGAGCGAGCUGCUUGACGAGCUCAAGUCGGCCGCGAAGGCCAUGGGCAACGACGAGCUGUUCAGCAAGCUCGAGGAGAGCUGUCGCCUCCUCCGACGAGACAUUGUGUUCGCGUCCUCGUUGUACGUUGAAAUGUAG